AUGGCAGCCGAGUUGGUGUCAAUGGAGCUGCGCGGACCCGAGAUAGCCGAGAGCCCGCUGCGGCGCCGGCGCAAGAAGGGCGAAGGCUUCCCUCGCGCCAUGCUCUGGUCGUGGACCUCGGACGCGGACAAGGCAGAGGCGCUGGCGCGAAAGGACGACAGCGACAGGCGCACCUCGACUGCGUCCCAGCGCAUGCCUGCUAUCGCACCAACGUCGCCACAGCUGCCGCGCCGCGUGGCCAACCAGCGACCGCUCAAGGCCAAGGUCGCGCGCGUGACCCGGCGUCUCUCCAUGUACAACGUGGGCGGCGGCAAGUGUGGCACGGCGAUCGCGAACAGCACGCUGGCCCCGCUCUCCAAUGCCGUCCUGCCGCCGCCCAAGUCGAGUUCGUGCUUGGACCGCAUCCUAACGGAUGACGCCGCUGAGCUUGUGCCGAUCAAGCCCGCAGCCGCAGGGCCACUGCUUGACGAUACGCUCCUUGACGAACCCAAAAUCGAGCCGCCCACCGACGCCGACUACCUCUGCGACGACGUCAACGACCGCUUCUGGCGCAUCUACCAAGACGGCGCACGUCGCGUGACGCGCCCGGACUCGUCCCGCGGACGCUACCUUCGGCACUGCGAAGACGAGGCGCUCUUACCGUUGCCUGUCCUCGACUUGCGCUUGCACAAGGCGCCGCAACCGCACUAUUCCGCCGAUGGCGGACUCUCGUAUGUCAACUACUUUCUUGGCGACAAGCGCGCCGAGGCGCUCGGUAAUGCGCUCGAGCUGCUUCCGGUUCGCAUCUCAAGCAUCGCGAUGACUCAUGCUGGGAUCUCUGGCCAAGGCUCGGCGGCCGUCGUCACAGGGGUGAGGAAGGAAGACUUGCUCCAGCUCAACUUUGCCCACAACCACAUUGGCGCGAAAGGCUACAUGAAACUCAAUACGGUAUUGGACGAUACGUCGUUGAAUCUCCAAGUGCUCGAUCUGAGCAACAAUCAGCUCGGCGAUCAGUCAGUGACCGCGCUCGUCAAGGCGCUUCUGAAACGCUGCACACUUACGUCCCUGGUCCUGAGCCACAACAAAGUCUUUCAUUCGGCCAAGCUCCUCGGCGACCUGCUGCGGGUCAAAACGGCCUUGACGCACUUGGAUCUGUCGUGGAACCAGAUCCGGGGCGACCCAGCGUGCCACUUGGCGACCGCGAUGGCCGAGAACGACACGCUUCUGGACCUCGUCCUCUCGGAUAACUCGCUCGGCAACAGUGGCGGCGCCGACAUUCAGCUCGCGACGAGCCUCCUUCUGAACACGACGCUCGCGAACUUGAACGUGUCCAACAACCAUAUCAAAGGCCGCGCCGUCUUUGUAUUUGUGGACAUGUGCAAGUCGAACGCGACGAUCGCGCAUCUCAACGCGAGCAGCAACCCGAUCGGGACCGCGGCCGUCGAGGCCAUCUUGCAUGCGAUGGCGACGGCGAGCAUGAAGUGUGUGUGGGAUCUCUCCAACUGCAACAUUGAGAUCCAAGAGUAUCUGUACAGCCCUACCUACUGCACGGGGCCGUACACGCUCAACUUGGCCGACCGCAGCGACCACGUCGUGCUCAAGGAGCUGCUGAGCAUGCACGCCGCCAACCGCAUCUCAUUUUCCAACGUAUCGCUCAACGGACAGCCCUUUGCGCUCUCCAAAGGCACGUGCGUGCUUCCGCCGCACCUCGCGACGUCCAAAGUCGAGCGCGGGCAAAUCCCGUUCCAGGGCACAUUGGCCUUGCACGUGACCAAGGACGAAGAAGCGAGCCCCGACUUGCACUUGCGGGACGCCGAGUUCGAGACGAUCAAAGACCUCAUCGGCCACUCGUUCGACUUGGACGACCACAAGAAGAUGACGAUGAUCAAGAUCCUCGCCGACGGCUUUUGCGUGACCGUCAACCAAGCGAGCGCACUCCUCGCCCUCUUUCGCUCGCCGACGUGCCAAGCCGAGAAGGCGUCGGCGGCGGCCGCGCUCAUUCCUCAAAUCUCCAACUCGCACCACCACACCGUCGACCGCGACGCGUACCUCGGAAGUCCCGGACCGGUCAAUGGUGUCUUCUUUGAGGACAAGGACAACGACGGCAAGAUCGAUGUGUGUGGCGACAUAACGGUUCUCGUCGGCCUCCAAGGCCUCGACCAGAUCGAACAAGGGUAUGUCGAGCAAAAGCUCGGCAAAUGGAUCGCGUUCAACCCAACCAACCCGACGGGUUUUACCGGCUCAACAUGUCCAACUUUGUCGACAGAAGGAUCAUGCUCAAGCUCAUUGAAGCCAACGUCGGUGACCGUCGGUUCCGCGCCGCCCACAAGCUCCCGGACGUCUCGCAGCACGGCAACAACAACGGGUUUCGCAAUGCGCGGUACAACCACAAGCCGAUUUCGCUCGAUGCCUCGUGGUCGCUGCCUCGCCACGGCGUGCUCGAGUUUGACUUUGUCGCGACGCGUCGGCCGCCCGCGGGCGCGGUCGCGCUCUCGGACGCGGCCUUUGAGCAGUUUUCAAAGAGUUCAAAGCGAUUCCCGACAUGAAGCUCGUCGGGCUCCGCGCGAUUUCCAACUUGUAUUUCACGGCGCGGCACGCGCAGCGCCUCAUGGAGUACUUUUCGCCGUACGAAAAGCUCGACAACACGCUUGUGCGCCUCGAAGUGUUCGUCAUUCUACUCGGUCGCAUCGUCGACGAAGCCAACUUUUCGGAUGCGCUCAGUAUCCUCGACGCCAAGGCCCGCAAAAAACUGCUGGACCGCGUCGGCAUCGUUCAGGUCUUCAAUCCGCUUUCGCCCGGCGGCAAGUACGACCUCAGCCUCGACGAGCACGACCAGCGCUAUGUCGCGACGCUCUUGCUGCAGCUCGCGCGCGCCCAAGAAGGGUCCUUGCAAGACGUGACCUUGAACGGCGCCGACGUCGAGAACCUCCACGCGCUCUGGCUGUGCGACAAUGAUGUCCCGAGAGAAGGCGUGUUGAAAUGCAAGUUUAUGUCGGCCAACCGGUGCAACUCGAUCGUGCAGCUCAGCGAAGGCAGUCUCAUGCGCCGUCUCUCACAGUCGAUCGUGUUUCGACCUGGCGACGCAUCUUCCUUGGCCGAGGAGUAGACUCGAGAAACAGAACGCUCUUAUUUAUGUCGCCUUCUUCUGCGUCAACUACGAGCGCACUCGCAUGAGC